UUGAGAACUUUUAACAUGGGCCAUAAUCCAAGAUGGCUGUAUUCCCUCUUCAAGGACCAGCAGGGGCAAAAAGGGAAUAAAGAAAAUACCACGACAGCCAAACGGGGCUUAUCCAUACAGAAAACCAAAUCCAGGAUAAGCAAAAACCCUCUUCUGAGCUCUCUCUCUCUCUCUCUCUCUCUGUAAAUGGCGUCGUGUGUACCGACAGUGUCAAUCGCAGGAGCAUGGAACAUGGCUUCCCUUCGAUCCGCACUUCCUUCCAAUCCAACCCCUUCUUCUCUUCGAUUCUCAACCUCUUCAUCUUCCCGCCUGAAUUCCGUCCGUCUCAGUAGACCGGAGUGUCUUCGGUCCUUCUCCGGCCUCGCUCCUCACAAUCCCCUUCUCUCCAUCUCUUCUGAUUACGGCAACUUUGAUCAUACUUUCACCAUCAUUGACAAUGGAGGGAGGGUCUUUGCCAUGAGACAUGGGAGACGAGUGCCAAAACUCAACAGGCCUCCGGAUCAGCGCCGAGCACUACUCCGGGGCCUGACGACUCAGCUCCUGAAGUACGGUAGGAUCAAAACUACCAGGGCCAGGGCUCGUGCUAUGAGGAAAUAUGUUGACAAAAUGAUCACGUUGGCAAAGGAUGGGUCUCUUCAUAAAAGGAGGCAGGCCUUGGGAUUCAUUUAUGAAAAGCAGAUCGUCCAUGCCCUGUUUGCAGAGGUUCCAGACAGGUAUGGGGAGAGGAAUGGAGGAUAUACAAGAAUCAUCAGAACACUGCCAAGGCGAGGGGACAACGCACCGAUGGCCUAUAUUGAGCUUGUCUAGAGUAUUGUACACACUUAUGUUGAAAUUCAUUCUAAUAAUUAUUCAUGAAAUCGAGGUCUUUCAAGGUUGCAGACAA